GCAGCCGAUCGCUACAUUUCAUAUUCGGCCGCCAAAAGGUCGGAGGGAAGGAUUUCGCUCUCUUUUCGCUGCCCUGUCUGUCCCCCCUCCUCUCGCUAUCUCUGAAGAAGGAGAAGAGGACGAGGAGGAGAACCGAGCAUGGAGGAAGAAAAGAAGGAAGGAAGAGGAGGAGGAGAGAACGAGGCCGACGGAGUGGUGCCCGCUUUGAUAUCGGUCCACCCACAGGAGUACUCCGUCGCCGUUGCCAUCGGUUCCGAGCUGCGGGUCUACAGUCUGAGGGACAAUUGCAUGGUUGUCUUACAGGGCGUGGCUGGAGGUCUUUCUCAUUCAGAUUCUAUACGUGCCAUAUGUUUUGGUGCAAAUGGGACACUUUUUGCAUCAGGAGGAGAUGAUAAGCUGGUUAAAGUCUGGUCCACAGAUUCUUGGCAUUGUAUACAGACAACAUGUGCAGAAAAGAGAGUGAGCUCAGUUGCCUUAAGCAGCAAUGGAUCUUUUCUUACGUUUGCUGAUAAGUUUGGGGUUAUUUGGGUAGUGGAAGUAGAUGUUGCUGAGAAAACUUCUUCUCCAAUCACAAAAGUAGCCACUCCAAUUUUUGGUCAUUAUUGUAGUAUCAUCACAAGUUUGGAAUUCUCACCAGAUGGGCAGUUCAUUGCUAGUGCAGAUCGUGAUUUUAAAAUUCGUGUUUCAGUUUUUCCUGGAAGACCUUUGAAAGGGGUACAUGAGAUACAAAACUUUUGCCUUGGUCAUACAGAUUAUAUCUCAUCUUUAGCUUUUAUCUGUGCUUCUGAUGGUUCUUGUGGAUUUCUUCUAUCUGGAAGUGGUGAUUCAACUGUACGUUUAUGGGACUAUGAAAAUGGUUUACUUCUUCAUACAUGUGAAGUUGGAGUAAAGGCAGGACUUGUUGAGAAUGAACAAUCAGACCUUCCUGCAGUCAUUGAUUUGUGUGCUUCCCCAAAUGGCUCAGUCAUCGUGGCUGCAAUUCAGAGGUUUUGCGGGAUACUGCUUUUGAGCUGCAGCUUCCAUGAUUGCAGUCUUGUAGUUUCAAAAGUGGUAGAGAUGCAGAAAAGUUUCAUUCCAACAAGUUUGAGAAUCAGUUCAGUGGGCCAUCUAUGGAUCAUUGCUGGUGCAUCGGAGAUGUGUCCUUCCAAUGCUGUAUCUGAACCUGAAGAUGCAAAACAGAUGUCUAAUACUGGUGUGUGUGCCUUUGCCUGCAUCAAGGUCAUCAGUUUAUCUGAUCAACAGCAAGCAACCAUCUUAGGAGAAGCUGAAGUACCUGGUGGCACUGAAUUACUCAAAGGACUUCAGGGGAAGAUAUUAGAUGAUGCAGAUGUGGCAACAUUUGCACUGGUUGCUGAAGCUGCGAACAGGGCACUGCACAAUCUGUUGAUCAAGCGGCAGUAUCCUGCAGAGAAGCGGGAGCUGCGAAAGAGGAAUAGGAAUGACAAGAAGCAACAGCACUAAUUCUUUAUCUUCCCAAUUCAUCCUUUCCUUGCAUGAGUGUCUCUGCACGUGCGUGUUCUGGAAGGGGAUUGGUUGCUUAAGUUGCAAAUAAGCUGAACAAACUUCUGAUCGAUUGUGAUGCAGAGAAGCUGUUGCUUAAGAAUUAUGCAGUUUCACAUGUAUGUGUGUGUAAAAGAGAGAGAGAGAGAGAGAGCGAGAGGGAAAGAGAGAGAGAGAGAGAGAGAGAGAUAUGUUGUUUUAUACUUAAGGGGAACAGCAGUAAUCACUAGAUUGUCAAGGAGCUAGUAGUUGGUGAAAGCUGAUCUUGAUGUCAUGACCAACCGAGGUAGUUUUCUUCAUCCUACAGGAAGAUGGCAGCCACCUAUGCUUCUGUCCAAAAUGGAUGAUAAUUGUUUUUAUAUCAAGUUUGGUAAACUUUGUUAUAAUUGAGGCUGUCUUCCGUUCAAUGAACUUGGAAUGGCAAGCACACCGUGCAAGGUUUAGCAGCUUUA